GUACCUAGUGGCAUUGAACAGACACGCCUGCAUACAUUCCCUGGGAAAAGGUAGCUGCAACCAGGUGUGGCAGUGCCUGGGAGAACUGGGAACAAAUACACAAGUACUACCGCUUCUGGGGAUUGAACUCAGGGCUCCUGCCAACUAGGUGUGAAUGAGGCAGGAUGAACUGGACGGGUUUGUACACCUUGCUCAGUGGCGUGAAUCGGCAUUCUACCGCCAUCGGCCGAGUAUGGCUGUCGGUCAUCUUCAUCUUCCGAAUCAUGGUGCUGGUGGUGGCUGCGGAAAGUGUGUGGGGCGAUGAGAAAUCUUCUUUCAUCUGCAACACCCUCCAGCCUGGCUGCAACAGCGUCUGCUAUGACCAGUUUUUCCCCAUCUCCCACGUGCGCCUGUGGUCCCUGCAGCUCAUCUUGGUUUCCACCCCAGCUCUCCUCGUGGCAAUGCACGUGGCUCACCAACAGCACAUGGAAAAGAAAAUGCUACGACUCGAGGGUCUCGGGGACCCCCUCCACCUGGAAGAGGUGAAGAGGCACAAGGUCCACAUCUCAGGGACACUGUGGUGGACCUAUAUCAUCAGCGUGGUGUUCCGGCUGCUGUUCGAGGCAGUUUUCAUGUAUGUCUUCUAUCUACUCUACCCCGGCUAUGCCAUGGUGCGACUGGUCAAGUGUGAGGCCUACCCCUGCCCCAACACAGUGGACUGCUUUGUGUCCCGCCCCACCGAGAAAACCGUCUUCACUGUCUUUAUGCUCGCCGCCUCCGGCAUCUGCAUUAUCCUCAACGUGGCAGAGGUGGUGUACCUCAUCAUCCGGGCCUGUGCCCGCCGUGCUCAGCGCCGCUCCAAUCCACCCUCCCGCAAGGGCUCGGGCUUCGGCCACCGCCUCUCACCUGAAUACAAGCAGAAUGAGAUCAACAAGCUGCUGAGCGAGCAGGAUGGCUCUCUGAAAGACAUACUGCGCCGCAGCCCUGGCAGCGGGGCCGGGCUGGCUGAGAAGGGCGACCGAUGCUCAGCCUGCUGAUGCCCAUGUACCAGGCAACCUCCCAUCCCACCCCUCCCUCACCCAGCCCUGGCCUGCCCCUCCUUUUCCUAUGCCGGUGAGCAGGCCUCUGCCUGCUAGGGAUUACUCUAUCAAAACCUUCCUUCUCUCCCUACUCCCUUCCUUGGAGAGCCUUCUGUCUAAGAACUAGCCUGCUGGGGAGUGGAGAGCCACCUCUGCAGCAGGGCUCAAGGUUACUGAGGGUGUGGGUAGCUCUUUCUGCCUGGACCCCUUCCUCUUCCCUCUCCCUCUCCCUGGGGAGAUGAGAUGCUCUGUCGGUGUUUCCAAUUAUGAAACUAAUCUUAACCCCCAUGCUGUGAGGUACCCCACUUCGGGAGUCACAUCAGUGGGGAGGGAUGU